CGCGCACACACACACAUAUUUAUACAUAUAUAUAUACUUACUGACACUCACACACAUACACACUCACGCACUUGCCUUCCUGCCUUACCUACCAACCAACCAACCAGCCAGCCAGCCAACCAGCCAACCAGCCUACCCACCACCAUACCGUCCUACCUACCUAUCUUGGCUAGUUUGGUGGGUUGUGCUUUUUCUUCUUUUUUUUUUCUGGUGCCCGGUUUUUUUUUAUCAAUUCCUCUGUUGGUUCGGCUUUUUCUCUUUUUUUUCUUCUUGUUUAUUCAUUAACACUAGUCGUGUGUACUUGCAGUCCCGCUUACAGACGGGCUCGGAGGAAACAAACAUGUUACAAUUCUCUAAACAAACACACCAACAUUACAUUAAGGAAAGCUCCCCUGAAAAUAGCUUAAUUUAUAUAUAAAAUAAGCGUUUAAUUUAAUAUACGUUUACACCCACCUCUCACCUUCCCUAGCUUGCUAAUUAUGUAAUUUCAAAUAUUAAAUAUAUGUGAUAAUUUCAAAUUAAAUUUAGCUAACAUAGGCAAUCAUCAGUCACGAACGGGAAGUAUCUUAACAGAAAACAAUAGACGUAAAGAAAACUUGCCUCUUAUUUAUAUUUAUAUCCCAACAUGUAUCUUAAGUAAUAUAUAAUAUAUAAUUGUUUUUAAUUCAAAUUUAAUUCGAUAUAGCAUAAUAAGUAAUAAACAUUGGAAAAUCAAUGUUACAUUAUUAAGUCCAAUAUUUAAAGGAAAGCAAAACACAAGUAAAAAUCAUCAAAUUUUAAGUCAUUAUUUUUCAGUACUUCACUUCAUAAACAACGAAACACAUUCGCUUUCUAUAUUUCUUACCCUGGGAUACUUUUUUACGUAUAUUCUAAGUAAGCACGGAAAUCGCUUUACCAGGAAUACUUGUGCAUAUACUCUCGCACAGGACAAAAACGGAAAGGACUUGUUUUUAUAAAGAAAGAAUAAGAGUAAGUUUAAAACAAGAUAAUACCCAUCACGCAUACAGGAAGAGAAAGAACGAUAUAUAUACAUAUAUAUACAUAUGAAUAUAUCUAAAGGAGAAUUUUAUCCUUUUUCAAGUAUUAUGUAUUGGUUUGUCUUCUUAUCUCGGACUUAAACUGUAACAGUUAUUCUUCUGUUUAUCGCAUUUGGAUAUUUGCUUAAUUCCGACGAGUUUCUUUUACGUUCAGGAAUUCCCUGUUUUAUGUGAUACCAUGUAAUGCAACAAACAACUUUGUGGUGCAGUAUGUAGGAAUGCCGUAAUCUUCACCUGCGGAUCCAAAAGGAUGUACAAAUAUAUAUGUACAGCAUGUGUGUAUGUAUGAAUGCAUAUAUAUGUAUAUGUAUAAUACAUACCUAACAUAGCAAGCAGUUUUGUUACUGCUGUAUCGCCGCCACCAGGGACACCACCAUUGGAUUAAGAGUUGAAGGGUGGUUGUUAUGUUGCAGACAAUGUGAAGGAAGGAGGAGAUUCUUACCAAGAAAAAUUAUUAAAAAAAAAACCCGUUUGACUGACAAUAUUCAGUCAUGGUAAACUGGAAGAGCCAACUAAUCUUUGUACUCUUACUUGUACUUCUUUUCCAAGUUUCAAGAUCUGAAAACGAAGGAGCUCCGGAGUUUCAGCGGAGACCAAACCGAGUCGAGGUGGAAUAUGUCGGGCAGCGAAUUCGUCUUCAGUGCCGAGUUAAGGGCAAACCAAGGCCGAUGCUGUCAUGGUACCGUAAUGGAAAAAGGGUUAAUGUUAGUCAACCCAGGUAUGAAAAAGAAAAUACAACAUCAGACACAAUAUCAGAUGCAGAAUAUGUAAAGCAAAGAGGUCCACCACGAUGGUCAUCUAAAAAGGCCCCGAUCAGACUUGUGGCACGUCCACCAAGUUCUUGGGUCCAAUUGAAAUGUCCGGCUAUUGGGAACCCUAAGCCCAACAUAACGUGGUAUAAAUCUGGUAAACUUUUCAAAGAGGGCCAAAUGAAACAGGCAAGAAAAUGGACGCUAACGAUCAAGGAUGUUGUUCCAGAAGAUGCUGGGAAUUACACCUGCAUUGUGAGCAAUGAAGAGGGAUCGAUCCACUGGACCUAUGAACUCAAGAUUGUUCAGCGGGUGCCACAUGCGCCCUUCAUUGAUGGACCAAAGAACCAAACAGUAACGUACGGGGGGACAGCCAAGUUUAUGUGUAAAGUGAUGAUAAGUGAUCUUCAUCCACACCUGCAGUGGCUCAGGCAUUACGAAGUGAAUGGCACCUACCAAACAGAAAAUGGGGAACCGUUUGUCCGGGUCAUCAAGCAAUCCGGGCUGAAUAUCUCCAAUCCUGAGGUGCUUUAUCUUCCCAAUGUCACUUACGAGGAUAGUGGUUGGUACACGUGUGUAGCAUCAAACUCCAUUGGUGUCAGAUACCGGAGUGCCUGGCUUACUGUUGUCGAGCCUCCAGACACUUCCAGCCAACCAAACCAGUUAGCCGUUUCUCAAGACACAUCAAAAUCUCACUUACACAUCUUGGUUGGU